AUGACCGCGCGCGGGAGCUCUCACCGGCGCUGGGCUCAGCAAGAGAAUGAGAGAGGCGGGAGAAGCGACUGUCGAGCAGCUCCCGCUGUCCUUGUCGCUGCUGGCGCUAGCGGACAACUGACGGCCGUGCCCGCAGCGCGCCCCGUGAGCUGCGCCGGCAACUGUCAGGCGCGCGCCGCCAUUGGCCGGAGCCGCGCGUGCGCAGUGCGCUGCGGUCCCGCUGCGUGCGAAAUCGACUGGGCCGCGCUGGCGCUGGCUUUGACGCUGCGGCUGCGCGAUCGCUUUGCCAAAUUUGGUCCGCGGUGGGUUCCAGCCGCGCCUUCCGACUUCGCUGCCGCCCCCAGGGCAGCAGCAGCAGCCGUCGCAGCUACCACGCCGACAGCCCGUCCCGUUGAUGCCUCCCGCGCAGCUUCAUCCGGGAGCGCCCCAGGUGGUCGCUCCGGCGCCUGCGGUCCCUCUUCAGUCGCCACCGCCUUCGGAGCUGAUGGACGCGACCCCUCAGCCGGGCCGCCUUCCCAAGCGGUGGCUGUGCAGCCUGUCCUGCAGCCGCUUUCCUUGGGCACCCCCAAGGAGUCUGACACCGCAGCGCCUUGUCCGGCGCCCACUCAGCAGCCGUCGACGCAGCGUCAGGAGACGCUGCCUCUCUUCGUGGGUCCCGACGCCCCGUCGCGUCCAGUACCAGAAGCUGCGCCCGUGGUCACAGGCAGCGAGUUACAGGCAGAAGCGAAAGGGGCGUGGCUGGAGCAUUGGGUGGAACGUCCACGCCUGGAGCCAAGCCCCUCCCACACCCGGCGGUCGGCGCGCCACGCCGCCCCGUGCAUCUCUCGCAGCCCCGCGGGAAAUGUCUGCAGCUACGUCAUCGAUCAGCGCCUGUCAGCGGGAAGUGACGUCAAUGCAAACCGUGUCAGUCGGUUAGCCGCGGCGCAGGGUGGACGGCGCCUGCGCUGCGGGCGGCGCUGUUUGGUGUGUGGUGGAGAGUGCUUGCUUGCGACAGUCGCGUUUACACUGGAGGCGACGUCACGAGUGCAAUCAGAACGGCGGCGCGUGGCAGCCGCUGAGUCAACAGCUGCAGCGAGAGCACGCGGGUCAGCCACAACGUCGCUGGUAUUGGCACACUGCAUGUACCGCUUUGGACCGCGUAUGGAUGCGUAA